CAAACAUUUUGAACAUGAAGCUGUUGCAUAUAUAACAUACAGGGUUCUGUUACGUGUAUGUAACAUAAGCUGUUUGCUUGGCAGCCAUGAUGACCCUCAACUCUCUCCUCCUCCUGCCUCUCCUGUUUUGGGGCGUAAUGGCUCAGUGCCCCUCAGCAGCUGACCUGGUGAAUGACAGCGGGGAGAAACUCUGUGCCCGCAUGUUUGAACACAGCAACAUGUACUUUGAUCAGUCGUGCGGUGGUAAUUUUCUCGACGUCAAGAAUGGUGAUGACUUCCCUUACAUGCCAACUGGCUGGCGGAAAAAGGCUUCAUCGGUGGUUGUUGGAAACCGCUGUACCCUGAAAGUGUGGAGUAGAGGGGGCAAAAGGGGUAAUACCCGUUCCUUCUCUGCUGGGAUUGUCUACCAACUGAAGGAUCUUAAAAAUGGCCUGUCUGGGAACUGGAACGAUGCCAUUCAAGGUUCUUACUGCACCUGCUAAAAAGGACUCUGGGGAGAGGAGAUUUCCUCCA